CGCUGUUGACAAGAUGACAAUACGGUUUGAGGCUUCCUGUCCUGAUGGUCUGUGUCCGGGAUGGAGCUUCAUUCUGAAGGGUGAAACCCCAGUAGAAGCCAACAAGUUCGAGAUCAAUUUCAUGUGUGACCAGGAUGACAGAAUAGCCUUCCAUUUCAACCCUCGCUUCACUGAGUCAGAUAUCAUCUGCAACUCCUUCAUGGCAAACCACUGGGGAAAGGAGGAGAGAUGCAGUAACUUUCCCUUCGGGAUAGAGGAGCCUUUCCAGAUUGAAAUUUGCUCUGAUAAUGAACACUUUCAUGUUUACAUUGACGACACCAAGAUCAUGCAGUAUAAACACCGCGUGGAAGACCUGAAGACCAUCACUAAAGUACAAGUGGUGAACGACGUCAACAUCUCCUCUUUAGAGAUCGCCAAAAAACAUCAUUACUGAAGCUGUGCAGUAAGGAUGAGCGAAGAGUUGUGACGGCUACACAAGCUUUUGUUUGUUUACAUUUGUUAUCGUAUAUGUUUCACGUUUCUGUUUACAAAGCUAGUGACGAAUAUCACUAUAUUCCCUCUUGGGUUGAUUUGUCAGUGAAAGUGUGGUUAUUGGUAUUCAUAUGCCUUAUUGAAACUCCCUAUUCAAAUUUAUAAAUAAAUUGUAUGUA